AUGUCAGAAGAAUAUUAUCACGGUUAUACGUCAAUUUGUUCUUACAUAAGAAGUCGUAAUGAGGAUUGUUCAUUUCGCGAGUUUGUAGAACUAUAUAAAGAAAUGAUUAUAGAAUCUCCACCGAAUACUGAUGACUGGACUGGUUUAGAAGUUGCCUGGAGGACAAGAUUCUUAGGAAACGUAGAACGUAUAAUUCCUGAAAAAUACGUUGAUAUAGACGCAAAGGUGGUAUCAGAAACUUCGAAAAAGUCUUUAAUGAGUUAUUGGCAAAAUAUUAUUAAUGAAAAACGACGACAUAGUUCAGAUACAGUCGUUUCGAAAAUUUCGAGUUUUUCUUCACAUGAGGAUCAAGAAUUUCAAGCGAUGGAUGCAGAUUCACUACCAAAAAAACGUUCCCGCACCGAAAAAGAAGACGCUACGCAGGAAGAUUUAUUAAACUCUGUAACAGAAGCCUCCAAUACCUUCAGCAAGAUUGACUUCCCUACAUAUUAUGAUAAACUUAAAACUAUAUGGCAUACCAAUGAUGCCGAAGCAAAUUAUUAUGUGAUCGACUUAGGGGAUGUUGAUAUUUUAAGUAAAACACGUGAACUUUUAGAUGAUGAAGAAUUAAAAUCAUUGUUUGAAAGAUUGACCUUGGAUGAUGAAAAUAAUCAUAUAAGCACAAAAGCGAGUGAAUAUUUGACGUUAUUCGAUCAACUUAUAGAAUAUCCUUUGGAGGGAAAAGCUACCGAGGAUGACAAUACAGAGAAAAAUAUCAAAGAUAAAGUUAUUUCUGAAAUAGAAGAAACAAUACAUGGUCUAAAUGAUAUACCCACAAAAUUUCGAUACCUAUCAAACACUCUCCCCCUUCCAGUACUGCAGUUCGAUCAAUCUCAAUAUUCUGAUCUCUAUAUUAUUAAAAGCAUAUCAAGUCAUAUAGACGGUUUUACAAAAAUGAAAGGAAUUCUAGAAAACACAUCGGAGCGAUCUUGGACAGCACAUAUCCUUUCUUUCCUGGAUUCUAUACAAUACUUUUCAUGUGAACGAACAAUUCCUACAAAAUUGGAUUUGCAAGUUACUGACUAUAAGGCAGAUGGUGUUGCAGAAUUCUUCAAACGGCCCAACCAAAUCCCAAUGUUUUUGCUUGAAGUUUCUGGUGACCCUAAUAAACCGGAUCCUGAUAAAUUCAACAACGACAGACAAAAAUUAAUGAAGGAAGGUGUUUUUGCUCUCAACAAGUUUAUGACGCGAACAAAACUGCCAACAUGGGAUGUUUGUAAAACUUUGGGAAUUUUCCUGGCGCAGGGAUAUAGCAACAAUCUUGAGAUUGGUCAAAUGAUCUAUAUUGGACCUGGUUUAUAUUUUUACUCCCCAUUUACGGUCCCGAGUCUCAUUAUCCCAACUUCUGACACUGAAUUGGAACAUACGCCUCGACUAAUUCGAACAUUUUUAUGCUUGAGAUUUAAUGUUAUUGAGAAGAUCAAGAGGUUUAAAGAAUUCGAAAGAAGAGGAUAUUUACGUGUUAUGAAACCCAUGACUAACGAUAACUAUUAA